UACAGGAUUUUUCCUGUGUGCACUUGAACGCGUCUCAGCAAAUCGCUGCGCACGGGGCGAAUUGGUGGCUAUUUUGUGUUUAUUUAUAGUUUUCCCAAUUAAAAUAGCGAAUCUGGAAGAGCGGAGCGGAGUGGGGAAUGUUGGCAGACUGAUAGCCGGUGAAUGGAGGUCAGAGCAGACACACGGUGAGACGCGGAGGGGGAGAGGGAGGACGGACAGCGGCUAUCCGCCUUCAAAAAUGGCGUCUCCGGAGGAAAAUGAGUAAAAAAUAUUAAAACGCGGCCUGUUUCUUUUUACACUUCCUCGUUCGGCUUUUGAGAUAUUUUCGCUGCAUGCCGUGGAUUUCUUCAACGCUUGCGACCUCGUCGUCGCUUUGACUCGAAUGGCUGCGAGAGGAAAGACGAGGAGCGCGUAUUCGGGGAAAUAAAAGCUGCCCAGUUUUAUUUCGAUGCGUCGUUGCUGACAGCUAGCAUCCUGCUAACCUGGUAGCUCCGCUUUCUAGAGGGGGUGGGAACGAUUUGCAUGCAAAGAAAAAAAGAGAUUUUUUAAAUUGGGGAUUUCUUUGCUCGCCCAUGGGGAAUGAUUGCAACCAACGUGGCUUGUCGAUCUUUUCUAAAGCUAGCAGGCAUAGCCAAAACUAGCCCGAAGAAAGGGGAGGAGAAACGGUGAAAAGGGACGCAUUCAAGUCAAAUGUUUGAAAGCAAUUCGCCCAUCACCGACCAAAUCAUCUUCAUCAUGACCGGGACUGAUUUUAGACCAAAUCUGCAUUAAAGGAAAUGAUAAACGUGAAAGACGCAGGAAAAGGAGAAAGACUGGCUUUUUUGGAGGUGGUUGGAUUAUAACCCCGUAGACCCCCCUCUUUUUUCAUCCAGUUUUCUCCUCCUCCCCACCAUUUCUCUUUCAAUAUGCUGUUUUCCACUCCUGAGGACUUGCUUAUGAAACCGGGGAAAAUCGCUUGAAAACGAGAACGGGAGAGACUGGAUUUUUUUCUCCCCCAUAUCGCGUCCUGCUACGUUCUCGUUGCUUUCAUCCUCAUUGCACGCACUGAACAAGAACAAGACAUAAAUGGAUAGAAAUUACCCGGGAACAGGAUUCGGCGAUUUGGGCGCAGGAGCAGGAUGGAGUUACGACAGAACGGCAAAAGCAAGUCUUGUAUAUGGGAGUUCCAGAUCAUCCCACCCCGAGUCUGAGCUCCUUCACCGACAAGCCUACGCCACCCCACACCCUCUGCAGGGCUAUGCCACCAAUCACCACCCAGGGAGCUCUGGCCAAGGCGGGGCUUGGGGAGCAGCUGGACGGAGUUUGGGUCUUUCUGGGCUUUUUGACACUGGCCUGCACCACGCUAGCCCCUCGGCUCCUGAUGCCUCAGUCAUGAAUCUGAUCUCAGCCCUGGAGUCCAGAGGCCCCCAGCCUCCACCCUCUGCCUCCUCCCUUCUCUCUCAGUUCCGCACGCCGUCCUGGCAGACAGCGAUGCACACGCCUGGUCCGCCUGAACUAUUCAUCCCUGGAGCCCUUCCUGGCUCUGGAUCCUUCCCCUCCUCUUCGGCUCUGUCAGCGUAUCAACAUCCAGCGUCCUUCUCAAGCCGCUCUUUCCCCGCUGCCUCCCUUUCCCUCCAGGACACACCAACAUUCAGCCCCACAUCCAACGGUCUUCUGUCCCCACAUGAUCCCCUAAUACACAUCAAAGCCCCGUCACAAUCAAGCCUGGGUUUCGAUCGACUCCUGUCCUCGCAGGGCGCCGCUGCAUACAGGGGCAGCCAGGAUCCCACGGGCGCCACAUCGGCCCAGGCGUCCUCCGCCAGGCAUCUGCAGUCGCAUCAGUUCAAUCUGCUCUCAUCACAGCUGCAGGACCAGUCGUCCCAGCUGUAUAAUCCCUCAGUCUUUUCCUCAGCCCAGCCCCAGUCCCAGUCCCAAUCCCAGUCGAACUCGGCCCAAGAGCGGGCCGUGCCGAGGCAGGACAGCGUAAUCAAGCACUAUCAGCGGCCAUCGCCGGCCCAGUCCCAGCUCUCAUCCUCGGCGGCUCACUCUCUUCAGCACUAUCUCAGCUGUGGAGGAGCGGGGUACCAGCCCAUUGCUGCCCACCACAGACACGCCGGCCUGUCUUGCAGCCCACUCGGCGACCAGAGCCCCUCGUCGGACCACAAGCCCACCUCUCGCACUGAGCAGUAUCGGCCAAUCAUCCAGCCUCCCUAUUCCUCCUCUUCAUCCUCCUCUUCCUCGGCUGGGAAAGGUACCAAAAGCAGUUCCAGUAGUGGCUAUUCUUCUGGCAGCUCUGCGUCAUCCUCAAGAACUCCUCAUACACCUCCCUCUGCUUCCUCUACCUCCUCUUCCUCCUCGUCUUCUUCAGCCACUUCAGGGGCCCACCCUUCCAAUUCCAUUCCCACCUCUAGCUCAAGUGCAGCUCCGUCUAGGCAGCAGCCACCCCCCCAGACAGCUCCACCUCCCCCUACAUCUCAGCAACAACAGCCCCCUCCCACUUCCACUUCAGCUCCACAGUCACUCCCCAAGUCCUGCCUGUCUGGCUACGGCUCUCCUGUGCCCCCAGUGAAGACCCCUAACUCUGCUCUGACUGGUCAGACUCCACCCCAGCAGCAGACGCAGUCAUAUUCCCCCAAUCAGCCACCACCAGCCCACCUGGCUCAGUCUUAUGGAGGCUUCAGCUCCCCACAGGCCCAAGACCUGAGCUCUGGUACGGGUGGGAAAGGCUACGGGAGUUUAGGAGGACGGAGCCAUUCGUACUCCACUGAUUUAUACGGUGCUGAUUCUGCUUAUGGAUCACUUUCAUCCUCCCUGGGUGGAGCUGGCAGUCCAUCGUUGGGUUAUGGAGCUCCAGGCCACUCACCUGCCCUUUUGAGGUCCAGCGGUUCAUCAGGUAAUGGAGCAUCAGGAGGAGGAAGCAGCAGCGGUGCUGGGAGUGGGAACUCAGGCUCAGGAGGCGGAGCUGGAAACAGCAUGACCAAUGAAAGAGCUGGAGGAGGCAGUGGUGGAGGCUCUUAUCAUAUUCCAGAUUCCAGCCCCUCUCCCUCAGGCAACUCGGGCAUCAUCCGUCCAGGGUUGCACUCGCCAGUCCCCACCUGUCCCACUCAGUCUCCAGGAGGCGCAGGCUCUAACAAGUACAUUUCUUCCGUCCUCUCGCCCACCUUUCUGGCCUCCCCACAGGGCUUCCCUGACACCCGAGGCCCCCCCUCCCAGCCUCAGUCAUAUCACUCCAAUUCCUCCAAAACGAAGGCAGACACCUCCAUGCUAGGAGUGGGCUCUCAAAGGUCCCAGGAUGAAGUGGAUGAUGAUGAUGAGUUCCUAAUUCAGCACCUGCUCCAAGCUCAGGCAAGUCCUGCUCCUCAGAGCGCCCACCACCCCCAGCCGACAUCCCAGCAAACGCAGCCCCAAUCCCAGUCAGUCCCCCCAACCAGCGAUUCAGGCAAAGGGAUGAGUUACGACAUGGGCAAGAGCUCCGAGGAGAGGUACCACCCGCAAAGUGUCAUUCGUACUCACAGCGCCACUUCUGCUGCUGGGGUAGGAGGUGCAGGCUCUGGAGGGUCCAUCUCAGGGCUGGACAGCCAGCUGGAGAUGUCUCUAAAGAAGCCGCAGCAUCAGCAGCACCACCACCAACCACAGCAGCCCCAGAGGAACGACAGAGCUGUGAGCAGCAGAAACAGCGGUGGGAGAAGCAGCACUGAACAGGUGCACUCCCACCUCCAUCACCACGACAACCUCGGAUCGGUUGUCCACUACGGCCGGGGCGACCCGUAUUCCCAGCACUCCCUCACGCGCCAGCACUCCUCGCAUAGUCAGCACGUGUCCUCGCACUCGCAGAUGCCACCUCUCUCCCAGAUGGAGCUCCAGAAGAAGCCCCAGGAGCGGGCGGACAUCCCGUAUCCUCGGAAAACGCCAGAACUCCAGCAGCAGCAGCAGCAUUCCCAAUCUCAAGCUGCCGUGUCCCUCAUGGACUCUCCCACGGAUCAGUCCCGCCAGCCGCCACACCUGCUCCAGUCGGUGCUCUCCCACACCACCCGUAACAAGCUGGAGCCCCAUCAGCCUCACCAUAAGAUGGACUCCCACCGCCAACACCAACAGCACCACAAAAUGGACUCCCUCCCGCCUCAUCAGCAACAUUCAAAGAUGGACUCUCUCUCUCAGCACCAACAGCACCAUAAAAUGGACUCUCUGCCCCAACAGCAGCAGCACUCCAUCAGCCAGCAGCAAGCUGUGAUGGAGGGUGCUGCGGGGAGACUCGGCUCGUCCAAGCAUCAGGCUCAGUCCCAGUCCCAAACCACCCAGUUGCAGCUGCAGCUUCAGUCCCAGGCUCUGGAGGUGGCAGCAGCUCAUUACAACCACGGUCCGCAUCCACACGACCAGAGCCAGGUCAAACAAAGCUCCGUGGUGUCCGAGCUGGACAUGCUGGAGCGCUCCCUCUCUCAGACCUCCUCCUCAGACGUUGGUGUCGCAGAAGACCGACGUGGUGGCCCCGGCAGCGCGGGGAGAAGCAGCGGCAGCAGCGAGCGCCACAGGCAGUCACAGCAGGAGCCCCAGAGGCAGCACCAACCUCACCAUCAGCCGCCACAACCCCACCACUCGCAGCAACACCCGGCUUCCGAGCUCCACUCCUUCCUCUCCGAGCCCGACAUCGGUCUGUCCACCCAGUCCCACAUGCACCACCUGUCGCAACAUCACGCGCAGCAGCAACAGCAGCACCCAGCCUCUCACCCCCAUCACCCUCAUGCCCAGUCUCACCCUCAACAGCAGCCUCCUCACCCUCAUCACAUACCACCCCCUCCUGCUUCUGUCCACUCCCAGGCACAGCCCGACCCACAGCAGCCACUCUCCAGUCAGCUCCCAAAUCAGCAGAGCCAGCUGGACCAGCAGCGCUCAGAACAGCACCAGUUUGACACGGUCAGCCCGGUCGAGAAAGCCGACCAGAACCAACAAAGUAACCGCUUUGUCCCCUUAACCUCCAUCUGCUUCCCAGACUCCCUCCUUCAGGACGAGGACCGCUCCUUCUUCCCAGGAAUGGAGGACAUGUUUUGUGCUGAAGACUACAAAUCGAGCUGUGCUGGUGGUGCCGGGCCCGGGCAGGAGGAGAUGAAUGAAGGCCAAGAAGGAAUGAAUUCGAUGAAAGCUGGGCAGAGUGCAGGAGGCGCCGGGGGGAGCGGUGGAGCUGGCUAUGACCUCAUGGGUCACCACGGUGGAGAUCAGGCUUAUGAACCAUACUGUCACGGCCUGGAGGAACCCAACAACAACACCAUGACCCUGGAUCUGGACUCUCUAAAAACACACGAGCUUCCUUCCACUGUCAACACCGAACAGUUGGGAUUGAUACAGUCCCAGGCUCCGGCCAUGGGAAUGGGCUCCAACACCGCCGGUCCUAACAACUCCGGAGCUAAACUCUCCUCAGAUCCAGGGGGAACUGGCUCGGGAACAGGUUCUGGAGGCCUCCAGUCUCCAAUUUUCUGCUCAUCUCGUCCCAAGAAGCUGCUCAAAUCCAGCUCUUUCCAUCUGCUGAAAGAGCGAAGGGAUCCCAACACACUGCCGAAGAAAAGUUAUGCUCAAGAAUACGAGUUUGAAGAUGACGAGGACAAAGCGGACCAGCCCGCUGACAUCCGGUUGAACAGCCGCAGGCUGCCUGACCUUUUACCAGAUCUGGUGUCCAGCUGCAGAAAGGGAGGAGGAGGGUCUCUCAGCCCUUUAAUGGGCGACAUUGAUUUUUACCAUACCUCGGGCUACUCCUCAAUGGGCUCUCACACGAUCCUGCCCCCAGAUGGACCCAAGAAGAGGGGUCGGAAGCCCACUAGGCCAAAAAGAGAGGGUCCCCCCAGGCCAAGAGGCAGACCUCGUAUCCGCCCUAUGCCUGAGCCCUACACCCCGCGAGGCAUGAUGGGGGAUAUGGGUGGGUCAGCAGUCGGAGCGGGAUUCAGCGUGGAAGGGCGAGGCAGGGGCAGGGGUCGCGGAAGCCGAGGAAGAGGAGGUCGGAGGGAGGAUAUGUACAUGGAGAUGAGUGGGAAGGAGCAGGACCAGAUGCACUCUCAUCACCUCCAUCAGCAGCAUGCGCAGCAGCUCCAUCAGUCCCAACAGCAGCAGCAGCACGAGCCCAUCCCUCCUCUCAAGAUCAAGUUGCCAGUUGGUACCCUGUCCUCCUCUGACGCCUUGCUGAGGACAGACUCUUUGUCUGGCACCGACCCUGCUUUGUCAGACGGCUCGGUUGGCUCAGCUCCCUCGCUUGGUUUAAGUCCCGGACCCCCCUGCAGCGCUGAGAGUAGAAGCCAGGAGAAGAACAAACAGAAAAGCCAGCUGAUGAGUGAAGGAGUGGAUGAGGAGGGAUUAGAGGAAAGGGGGGAUGAGAAGGAUUCAGAGUCCAAAGCUGGAUUUGUUGCUUCAUUCUUGGACUUCCUGAAGUCGGGGAAGAGACCUCCGGGGUUGGACAUCUCACCAGGGAUGGAAGCUGACAACGGUGAGACUUCUCCUUGUAAGUCAGGAGGGCUGCGGCCACUGUCUCCUGCACCACCUCCUCCACCUCCGCCGCCUCCAUUUGGGGACAGUGAGGGGAAUGGCGGUCUGGCUCUGGGAAACUGCCCCAGCCCCAAGCGCUUAGAAGAUGAGCUGAAGAGGAACCUGGAGACUUUGCCGUCGUUCUCCUCCGAUGAAGAGGAUUCGGUUGGGAAGAACCAGGACCUUCAGAAGAGCAUCUCCUCUGCCAUUUCGGCUCUGUAUGACACUCCCCAGCUAACAUCCAACAUCCAGCCCCCCCUGCCUCCUCCACCUCCUCCUCCCCCCACUCAAACUCAGCCUAUUCAGGCUCCUCUUACCCCCACGCUGCAGCCUCCCACACUCAGUCCGCAGCCAAUGGUGCAAACGCCCCACUCCCAGCCCGAGUCUAAUGAACCAGACAUCCUUCCUCCAGAGGAUGGAGACAUGGAGGAGAACAAGGAAGAGGAGAAUGAAGAGGAGAAUGAGGAGGAAAGGAGCACUGAGGAGGAGGAGGAGGAGGAAGAAGAGCGGGAUAUAACAGAGGAGAGGGAACCGCAGCUGGAAACCCUCUGUGCUCCGAAGCUUGACGCUGCUCUUCCUGAGAUUCCACCAGAACCAUCGACUCCCGAGCCCCCCUCUGUUCCUCCAUCUCCUUCCUCAUCUUCCUCUCCCUCCCACUCCCCCCUCCCUCCCCUUUCUCUCUCUCUCCCCUCACCUUUACCAACACAAGAGGAGCAUCAGGAGAAUUCUCAGCCUCUGAGUCCCGUUGCUGCCACAUCUCCAUCUCCACCAUCCCCUCCUCCUCCUCUUCAACCCACUGCCAUCCCUCAGCCUGCCACUCCUCCCCCUGCUUCCUCCCCUCCCCCACCCUCCACUCAAAAGGAGUCUCCUGUGCCAACCCCGGAGUCUCCCACCUCUCCCGAGGAGCCUCCAGCUCCUAAGAUCACCUCGCUGCACCUCGCCCAGAAGCAAGAAGACGCAGCUAUUGUUGGAGAAAGUGAGGAAGAUGAGAGCGAGAGCGGAGGAGAGGGCAUCUUCAGAGAGAGGGACGAGUUUGUUGUGCGGGUGGAAGAUAUCCGGACUCUAAAGCUUGCCCUGCAGACAGGCCGUGAGCCUCCGCCCAUAUGGAGGGUGCAGAAAGCCCUGCUGCAGAAGUUCAGCCCAGAGAUCAAAGAUGGGCAGCGACAGUUCUGUGCCACAAGCAACUACCUUGGCUACUUUGGAGAUGCUAAGCGGCGGUACCAGCGGAUAUAUGUGAAGUUUCUGGAGAAUGUCAACAAGAAGGACUAUGUCAGAGUUUGCUCUAGAAGACCGUGGCGCAGAGCUGCACCUGGUCUCAGGCGACAGUCCCUCUCCAGAAUGGCAUCCCCUCCUGCUUCCCAGCUACCUCAGAAAGCCGUGGAAAAAGAGGAGCGUGUGGCUCCUCCACCAGUCCAGCGUGAACAGAGGGAGAAACCAAAAGCUGCAGCCUUGACACCGAAGGAGCACGAUGAGAAGAAAGAGGCAGCAGCAGCUGUGCCAAAAGCCAAGCAGAAGGAUACGGACCAGGAGAAGGAAAAGGAGAAGGUGAAGCGUGCGCAGUCCAAUCAGGAGAAGGCAGAGAAGCGAGUGCAGCUGCAGCAGGAGAAAGCGGAGCGGCGAGUUCAGCUGCAACAGGAGAAAGCAGAGAAGAGACUUCAGCAGCAGCAGGAGAAGGUGGAGAAACGUGUGGGCGCUGCAGAACGCGGUAGAGCAAAGGAAGACAAGAAAGCCUCAGAGAGGAAGGAGAGGGAGAAGGCCAAUCGGCCUCCCAAGUCCAAGCCAGCAAAGGUGAAAGCCGAGCCCCCGCCCAAGAAGAGGAAGAAGUGGCUGAACGUACCUUCAUCAGUGCCUUCUUCGUCUGACUCUGACUCGUCUGAAGAGGUGGCCAGUGAGAAUGAAAUGCCAGUGAAGGGUGGGGUGAACAACCGUGCAAUGAGGGAGAUGUUCAGGAGCUACGUGGAGAUGCUGGUGAGCACGGCCCUGGACCCAGACAUGAUCCAAGCCCUGGAAGACACCGACGAUGAGCUCUACCUCCCCCCAAUGAGGAAGAUUGACAGCAUCCUGAGCGAACAGAAGAGGAGGUUGUUGCGGAAAGUCAGCAUGAGUUCUCAACAUCAGGAUGUUCUGCACGCUUACCCCCAAAUAAUUGCAGACCCACUGGACACAGGAGUGGUGAGGGUGCGACUAACCGGUGACGCUUACAACCGAAAGACUCUCAACAGAGUCAAGAAGACCCUGCCUAAACCACAGGAUUUAAAACUGUCACCUGAGGCAUAUCGGAUAUACGGCCUCUACCACUCUCUGCAUCACUAUAAAUACCACACCUUCUUACAGUGCAAGAAAGAGACCAACACCAUUGAGCAGGCGGCCGAGGACCCGGGCCAAGAGGAAGUGGUGCAGCAGUGCAUGGCCAACCAGAGCUGGCUGGACACCCUCUUUAGCUCCUUUAUUGAGCUGCUCUCACUCAGCACCAAAGCCUGAGUUAGCCUCAUAAAGAGACAUAUAGUGGGCUGGAAUCAGCAGAUUUAAAACAGAGAAUUUUAAAAAAGAGGAAUGGAUCCCACUGUACAGCCCCUCAGAUCCCGUUCAAAUCUCUCCAGAUGAGAGGAAGAAGUUUUUCAGGCCCUCGCUGAAUGCUGGAGGGUCUGUUGAUGUGACCUCGGACACUGGCCUUUUUCCUUUGCUUUUUUUUUUUCUUCUUUUAUUGUUGUUGAUCAAUCACUAAAGAAGCAUCUUACUUUGUGAGAAUGUGACCCCAGCAGAUCUCGGGUUACCAGAGGCUCAAGAGGGAACUGAUCAUUGAGGAAAAGGGAGAGAGACAAGUUGGACAACAAGGAGGAGCUGUUACACCAAGUCAAAGGAGGGAGGAGCCACUGACGUCUUGUUAAAUGUGUGUCAUAAAGACAGUAGUUCAGAGGAGAAUAAAAACUAUUACUGCUUAGUUUUUACAUAAAUUAUUUUUUUGAAAAGACUAACAUCAGCUGUCUGCUUUUGAAGAGUGGAAGGAGGUGAGAGUGCUUUUUAACGUGGCGUGUGCCGUGAGCAGCGUGGUCAUGGACUCCGUCAGGAAAAGAAAAGAGAAAAAAAAGUGUUAAACGCUCCCUUGCUCUGUUGUCGCGCGAAGGGCAGCACCAGUCGGCUGUGUAAUAAUAUAUAGACACAUUUUUAUUAUUUAUAUGAGGAGGUUUUUAACUUAAACUCUCACAAAGCGCUGGUUUGCUGCCCUAACAUUUUAAAUAGCUUUUUAUUUUCCACAGGAUCAGUAUACAAUCAUAACCCACAUAUCCAAGUCGUCUUCCCCUCUGUACAAAAGAACAGACGUUGAGGCAGAAAUAUUGUAUUAAAUACAGUGGGUGUAAAAUAAAAAAAGACAAAAAGAAUGGCGAAAUUUAUUUGAAACUUAACAUUGUUGUGCUUCAGUUCAAUCAUCAUUCAUGCAGGUGCAAAGAAAAAUAACUAUCCCUUUCCCGUGUGGGAAGCAGGAGUAUAAAUAAGUAAUAUUUAAAGAGGAAAUAGUCAUUUCAUUUUUAUCAUUUUGAUGUCUGUGCAUACUAUGACUUAUUUUGAAAACAAUCCAAUUUUCCAUAAAAAAGGGAAAAAAAAGAUGUGUAAAUAUUGUACAGUUCUUGAUGAAAUUCUUUGUCCUUCUGUACAUUAACUCUCCUGUAUUUGAAAAACAAAUAAAACCUUCAAAGAACAAA